AUGUCAUUUGCGUGCUCCCUCAUUGGCAUUGGCCGUUGCACUGGCAAGUGCAUAGCCAAUUGCAGGGUCAAAGGCGUUAUUGGCGCUGGAGGUAUAACUUUAGACAUUGUGGCAGAAUGCAAGGCCUCCAUUUUACAAUGGGGUGUCAAUUUUGCUGCACCUAAACACAUACCAGAAAUAUGUGGCAUGCAGCGCUUGUUGGUUGUGAAGCCAUUAGUUUUGGAUGGAACUGCCAAAUCCCAUGAACUGUUUCUUGCUUAUGAUCAUAUUUCACUGUCAAAGCUUGAACAACCAUUGGUUCUGCAGAAGUUUGUGAACCAUGGUGGUGUACUUUUUAAAGUCUACGUUGUUGGGGAGACCUUUAAGGUUGUGGGAUGCUUUUCCUUGCCAGAUGUCGAGAACUCUGAACAGUCACAUAAUGUUGGACUUGUUCCGCUUCCAAGGGUUUCUUUUACUUCAGCUUCAACUGUUGGUGCUUAUUUGGAUCCACACGUUGCAGAUCUUUCUCCAUUUCCACUGAUUGAGAAACUUGCAGGAGAACUCCGCCAGAGGUUGAAAUGGGAACCUUUAUCACCUCAACAGCACCAUGGGAGUUCAAUUGUUGAAGUAUAUCAGAUCAUAGAGGAGGUAUAUGCACAGUUACCCUUGUGUGUGUAUGUGCAUGCACACAUGUGCAUGUAUACAUGUGUGCUAUGUGUGAUGGAUAUUCCAAUUUACAAUACCUACAAAUAA